AUGAAAGAACUUGUUCUUGAACAAGCCCCAAGAAAAAUUAAACACAUUCAAUUUAGUGUACUUUCUCCACAAGAAAUUGUUAAAAAUGCACAUUUGGCAAUUACACAUCGAGAUCUAUUCAAUGAUAAUAGAGCUCCAAUGGAAAACGGUGUCUUAGAUACACGUUUAGGUACCUCUGAUCAUGAUAGGUCAUGUGAAACCUGCGGUGAAAAAAUGGCACAAUGCAUUGGCCAUUUCGGUUAUAUUAAAUUGAUUUUACCAGUGUUUCAUAUUGGUUAUUUCAAAGCUGUUAUACAAAUGUUACAAAAUAUUUGCAAGACUUGUAGUCGUGUAUUACUGGAGGAAAAUGAUUGUAGAUUAUUCCUUAAGAGACUAAGAAGCUCAAAAGAAGCACCAUCAAGGCAAAAAAUUGAAAAAUCUGUAAAUGCAUUAUGUAAAAAGACUGUCAAAUGUCCAUAUUGUGGUGCAAUUAAUGGUUCUGUGAAAAAAGUUGGUGCAAUAAAAAUUAUUCAUGAAAAAUACAAAUCAAAAAAAGCUCAAGAAGAACAUGAAAAAUUUAAAAUUGCCUUUGGAAAUGCUAUUGAACAUACACCUGAAUUAAAAUCUCAUUUACAUAAAGCACAGGAUGACUUAAAUCCUUUAAAAGUUCUGGAGCUAUUCAAAGGGAUUUCUGAUGAGGAUUGUGAAUUACUUGGAUUGGAUCCAAAAAGUUCUCGUCCAGAUACAGAAGACGACUUAACUGUAAAAUUGUCAGAAAUAGUUCAGACAAAUACUAAUAUAACAGCUGCACUAUCUAAAGGAGUUACUAUUUCACAAUUAAUGGAACAAUGGGAUUAUUUGCAACUUACAAUUGCAAUGUACAUAAAUAGUGAGAUGGCAGGAUUAGGAAAUAUGGCGGGGAUAAAACCAAGUAGAGGUUUAUGUCAGAGAUUAAAAGGAAAACAAGGCAGAUUUCGUGGAAAUUUGUCUGGUAAACGUGUUGACUUUUCUGGCCGUACAGUUGCAGUACCAGAACUUGUUGCAAAAAUUUUGACAUAUCCAGAAAGAGUUUUUGCUCAUAAUAUUGUAAAAUUACAAAAAUGUAUUAUAAAUGGUGCAGAUAUUCAUCCUGGUGCUAAUUUUAUUAAACAUAAAAAUGGUGGCAAGAGGUUUGUGAAAUAUGCUGAUCAAUCAGUAAGAGAAGCAAUUGCUGCUGAACUGCAAAUUGGUGAUGUGGUGGAGCGUCAUCUGAGAGAUGGGGAUGUUGUCUUAUUUAAUAGACAACCUUCUCUUCAUAAACUUAGUAUAAUGGCACAUUAUGUUAAAGUUAAGCCGUGGAGAACUUUUCGAUUUAAUGAGUGUGUUUGUAAUCCUUACAAUGCUGAUUUUGAUGGUGAUGAAAUGAAUCUUCAUGUACCUCAAACUGAGGAGGCACGUAUAGAAGCAAUAGAACUUAUGGGUGUCAAAAAGAACCUAGUAACUCCAAGAAACGGAGAUCCUAUCAUUGCAGCUAUUCAAGAUUUUGUCACAUCCUCUUUUUUAAUUACUAAAAAAGAUGUCUUUUACAAUCGUGCACAAUUUUUACAAAUCUGCUCAUAUAUGGCAGAUGCUGCUAUACACAUUGAUAUACCACCACCUACAAUAUGGAAACCUGUUAAACUAUGGACUGGAAAGCAAGUAUUUAAUGUAUUAAUGUGUCCUAAUAAAAAAUCUAAUGUGUUGGUUAAUCUUGAAGCUAAAGGAAGGCUAUUUGAAAAAAAAGAAGGAAGGAUUUUUGAUCUUUGUCCAAAUGAGGGUUAUGUAGUUAUUCAGAAUAGUGAGAUAAUGUGUGGUGUUAUUGAUAAAUCUUUAGUAGGUGAUGGUAAUAAACAUUCACUGUUUUACACAAUACUUUGUGAUUAUGGAUCUGAGGAAGCAGCUAAUGCUAUGAAUCGUUUGUCUAAAUUAUGUUCACGUUGGUUGGCAAAUCAUGGUUUCUCAAUAGGAAUAAAUGAUGUUCAACCUGGUGAACAGUUAAGGGAGAAAAAAGAUCAUCUGAUUGAAAUGGCAAAUAAAGCAUGUGAUGAUCUUAUUGAACUUUCAAAGUCUGGUAAAUUGGAAAAUCAGCCUGGGUGUAAUGAAGGGCAAACACUUGAAGCUCAUAUUUCUGGUGUUCUAUCAAAAGUCCGUGAUGAUGCUGGUCAGAUUUGUAUGACUGAGCUAAACAGACACAAUUCACCUUUAAUUAUGGCCACAUGUGGAUCAAAAGGCUCAAAAAUUAAUGUUUCUCAAAUGGUUGCUUGUGUUGGUCAACAAAUUAUAAGCGGUAGUCGUAUUCCUGAUGGAUUUCAAGAUCGUUCACUGCCUCAUUUUCCAAAACAUUCAAAAACACCUGCUGCAAGAGGAUUUGUUCGAAACAGCUUUUAUAGUGGUCUAACUCCUACAGAGUUUUUAUUUCAUGCCAUUUCAGGUCGUGAAGGUCUUGUGGAUACUGCUGUAAAAACUGCUGAAACUGGUUAUAUGCAAAGAAAAUUGAUGAAGGCCUUAGAAGAUCUUGUGAUUCAUUAUGAUAUGUCUGUUAGGAAUUCAUCAGGUGGAAUGGUCCAAUUUUAUUAUGGUGAUGAUGGUUUGGACCCAGCAUUUCUUGAAGACAAUGUUUUACCAGUAGACUUGAAACGAAAUUUACAACAUGUUAUUAAUAUUACUUCAUCAGUGAACGAGAAAGCUCUUUUACCAUUUGAAAUAUUAGAAAUAACAGAAAAAAUAUUAGAAAGUAAAAAUUAUGUGGAAUCAUGUACAGAAUCAUAUAUAAACUUAUUGAAGGAGUUUAUUAAAAAAGAAAUUGUUGAUAAACUUGUUGCAACACGUGAAGCAUAUGGAUUAAUGAGAUGUAAUGAAAAAAUUGAUGAUGAAUACUUGGAUGUUGAAAUGGCAUGUGAUGCUGUUAUGAAGAAUGUUGUAAAUAAUGUACUUAAAAUUACCAAAUCACAGUUAUUAAAAUUUUUAGAUGUAAAUUUAUACAAAUUUAUAAGAUCAAAAAUUGAACCAGGGACUGCUGUUGGAGCACUUGGUGCACAAUCCAUUGGUGAGCCUGGUACUCAGAUGACUCUUAAAACUUUUCAUUUUGCUGGUGUAGCCUCUAUGAACAUUACUCUCGGUGUUCCACGUAUAAAAGAGAUUAUUAAUGCUUCUAAAACAAUAAGUACACCGAUAAUUACUUGUAAACUUGUUAAUGAUGUUGAUGUAAAAUCUGCUAGAAUUGUAAAAGGUCGUUUGGAGACAACUUAUUUGGGAGAUAUUGCCAAAUAUAUUGAUGAAAUUUAUGAACAAGAUCAAUGCUAUCUAGCAAUAAAAUUAGACUUAGAUGCAGUUACAAAACUUCAGUUGGAAACCAAUAUAAAAGAUAUUGCAAAGGCAAUUGUUAAUGAUCGAAAGUUAAAAUUGGAAAGUUCUAAUAUUCGAGUUUCUUCUAAUGAUCAAAUCAAUGUGUAUGUACCUGAUAAAGAAAUAAUGAAAGAUCCAUGCUGCCUAUAUUAUAGAUUACAGGUACUUAAACGUGCUUUACCCAAAGUUAUUGUUAAAGGUAUUCAAACUGUAACAAGAGCUGUUAUCAGUGAAGCAAAAGCAGAUAGGAAACAAUUACUUGUUGAAGGAUAUGGUUUGCGAGAUGUAAUGACAACCGAAGGUAUUGUAGGUACUGAAACAACCAGUAAUAAUGUUAACGAAGUUCACAAAGUUUUGGGAAUUGAAGCAGCUAGGAAUACAAUCAUUCAAGAAAUUCAAUAUACUAUGGGUCGCCAUGGUAUGAACAUUGACCCAAGACAUGUUAUGUUACUGGGUGAUAUUAUGACAUAUAAGGGAGAGGUGUUGGGAAUUCAUAGAUUUGGUAUAUCAGAUAUGAAGAGUAGUGUGCUGAUGUUGGCAUCAUUUGAAAAAACAACAGAUCAUUUAUUUGAUGCAGCUUUGCAUGGUAAAACAGAUUGUCUUGAGGGUGUUAGUGAAUCAAUUAUCAUGGGUAUACCAAUGCAACUUGGGACAGGAUUAUUUAAGUUGAUAAGAAAAUCCCACUUAGGUGAUGAAAGGCCACAAAGAAGAAAAUUAUUAUUUGAUAAUAGUGAACACCACGUAAAUUUCUUAUAUGAUUCAUCACAAGUUUUAUAG